GCGCAUUGAUUGUUGGCCGUUACUCUUCCUGGCUGGCAGGUCAGCCUGGCUGGCAGGCUGGACGCUUGAGCUCCCUCCUGCUGGACUGGACGGUGGGCUUCCCGCUAGGCUGGAGGAAGGCUUCUCACCGGGCUGGAGGCAGGCUCCCGGGUAGGCUGGAAGGCAGGCUCCCGGGUAGGCUGGAAGGCAGGCUCCCCGAUGGGCUGGAGGCAGGCUCCCACCUGGGCUGGACCGCGGGCUCCCAGUUGGGCUGGAUCGCAGGCUCCCAGCGGGCUGGUGGUCGGUAGGCUCCUGGCUAGGCUGGAAGGCAGGCUCCCCACUGGGCUGGAAGGCAGGCUCCCCACUGGGCUGGAAGAUAGGCUCUCUGCUGGGCUGGAAGGCAGGCUCCCGGGUAGGCUGGAAGGCAGGCUCCCGGGUAGGCUGGAAGGCAGGCUGCUGACUGGGCUGGUAGGCAGGCUCCCUGCUGGGCUGGACGGCAGGCCGCCCUGGGCUUUCACUCUUUGAUGGGCCUAACGGUUGGGUCGGAAUGAGCUCUGGAUCACUGGGCUUGGGCCUGCUGGUCCAAGUCCGGGGCCUGGGCCGAUUAGGCUCUGGACCUAGUCCCAUAACCCCAUCACGAGUCCCCCACUCCCUUAGUCGAGUAGUAGACUCGGCUAAGAGGGAGUAGUUUAAGUCAGCUGCCGAUUUAAAAAUAUUCACAUAUCAAGGAACCAUAAUUGUGGAUUAUAUGAAUCCCAGAGUUUAUGGAAAUUCCCAAAUUAAAUCAGGCUCCCAAAAAGGGCUCCAUAAAAAUUCCUUCAGCAUCCUAGCACUCCAGUCGUCAGUUUUCUUUCGGACUUCAGAAUCCAGGUCAGCUCCCAAAAAUCCCUGAAAUUCAUUUUUAUAACUUCAUAAAUUAUUUUCGGACUUUAUUUUAUUUUUCCUUCCUUUUCUUUUCUUUCCUUUUCUUUUCUUUCCUUCUUUUUUCUUUCCUUCUCUUUUCUUUCCUUUCUUUUUCUUUUCUUUCCUUUCUUUUUCUUUCCUUUCUUUUUUUCUUUCCUUUCUUUUUUCCUUUCCUUUCUUCUCUUUCCUCUCUCUCCC